AUGAGGCCAUGAAGUGCUUCUUCUGCGACUUUGGCCACAACCAGCUGCAUGCGAUCCUCAGCCACGCGGCCACGGCCCACGGCUUUGACUUCCGCGCCCACGCGUCGAACCUGUCGCUCGACUUCUACGGCAUGGUCCGCCUCAUCAACUUUGCGCGCGUGCACGACGCGGCCAGCGCCAACGCCGCGCUUCAGGCCCGCGGCGCCGACGCCCUUGCGGGCGAAGAGCUGCUCAUCCCGGUCAUUCCCGAAGACCCGAUGCUCUGCCGCGUCAUGGACCUCGACAACGACGACGAUAGCGAAGACGACGACGAAAAAGAUGCCAAGGCGCCCGCCGCGCCGUCGAUGGAGGCCCAGAACGCCGCGCUCCAGAGCGAAGUCGACCGUCUCAAGGAGCAGUUGGCGCAGUACAACACGAUCGUGCGCGCGCUCGCAGACGACGAUGAGGCCGUCAAGGUCGAGCCCAAGGAACAGGACAACGAUACGUACUACUUUGACUCGUACUCGCAAGUUGGCAUCCACAAGGAAAUGAUCACCGACAAGGUGCGCACGGACAGCUACCGCGACGCGAUCUUGAACAACAAGUCGCUCUUUGCUGGCAAGGUCGUCCUCGACGUGGGCUGCGGCACGGGCAUUCUGAGUAUGUUUGCCGCGCAAGCCGGUGCGGCCAAGGUCAUUGGCAUCGACUGCAGUGACAUGGGCGUCACGGCGCAGCGCAUCGUCAAGGACAAUGGCUUUGGUGACAUUAUCUCCAUCAUCCGCGGCAAGGUCGAGCUCGUCAAGUUGCCCGUGGACCACGUGGACAUCAUCAUCUCGGAGUGGAUGGGCUACAACCUGUUGUACGAGUCGAUGCUCGACACGGUGCUCUUUGCGCGCGACAAGUGGCUCGCCCCCGGCGGCCUCCUCUUCCCGGACCAAGCCACCAUGUUUCUCCAAGGCGUGACCGACUCGACGAACCGCCUCGGCUUUUGGAAGACGGUGUACGGCUUUGACAUGACGGCCGUGCGCGACCGCAUCGUGACGCAGGAGGCGUUCAUCGAGGUCGUCGACCCCAAGGAUGUGCUCACGGACCGUGUCCUCGUCGAGUCGAUCGACAUUCCCAGCGUCACGCUCACCGCGCUCGACUUUAAGAAGCCGUUUGCGCUGCGCGUCGCGAAGGACGGUCUUCUCCACGGCUUUGUGAGCUCGUUUGACAUUGGGUUCGAGACCAAGCUGCCGCAGCCGCUCUGGUUCUCGACCGGGUGCGAGGCGACGCCGACGCACUGGCAGCAGACGUUCUUCCACCUGAGCAAGCCCUUCCACGUCAAGGCCGGCGACGCGAUCGCGGGCACCUGGGCCGUGCGUCGCAAUGCGCUCAACCCGCGCUUCCUCGACGUCGACUUUGAGUGGACCCACGGCCCGCACAAGUUUUUUGAAAAGUUUUCGAUCCACUAAGCUAAAUGCACGCAAUGUUUG